AUGCACUGGCAUCGAUCCGUCCUCUUAAAUCAUCGUCAUCUUCAUCAUCUUGCAGCAUGGUGCCAAGAAACGACCACACCCUACUGCUACGAUGGGGUCGGCUCUAACACCUUCUCAGUCACCUUAGGCACCUGUCAUCAACGCUCCCCCAGACCUACGGCAGACAUCUGUUCCAGCUUCACCCUCAUCUCGGCCGAGACUCGGGGAAAGGGCGGGGUCGAUGUGACUAACUUAUUGAACCCCCCUUUCAACUCGAGUCGUGAUACCAAGAUUCUGAUACCGGGGUUUACUAAUGAGGUGCUGGAUGAGAAAUGGGAUCAACUCAAGGAAGUCUUACUCGAUGAGGGAAACAACGUGAUCAUGGUGAACUGGAGUCAAGCAGCCAAUCUGACAAACUACGCCCAAGCUCGUGCAGAUGCACGCGUGGUUGGUUUCCAGGUCGCCAAGGUCAUGGCCGAUAUCGUCGAAAACACCGAAGCUACCUACGAUCAGAUGCACCUCAUCGGGAGCGGUAUGGGGGCCCAUGUAGCGGGCUAUGCUGGCAGUACGGGAGAAAAGGUAGCUAGGAUUACAGGUCUGGAUCCAGCUGGGGGCGAGACCGUGACCUUCGGCCUCACUGAGGGUUCAUCCCGUGGUCAGCAAUGUCGCCUGGACAUCUCCGAUGCCGAAUUCGUGGACGUCAUUCACACCAACGCGCACGGCGGGCUCGACGGAGGCUACAUCGGACUGCAGAACGAGCUGGGCCACCAGGAUUUCUACGUUAACGACGGCAUCAACCAGCUUGGAUGCGAGGAAGGUGACGAGUUCUGCAACCACGCCCGAGCUCUGGACUACUUCACCGAGAGCGUACCGGUGGACAACUACGGGAGCUUCCCGUGCCAAUCCAAAGCUUCCACCCGUGCGGGGCUGGAGGACGGGGUCCAGUGCAGCCCCGACGACCCAUGCCCAGAGAUGGGGUACAGGGCAGAGAAGAUCAAGGGGGAUGGGUACGCCUACCGGGUGGAGACCAACGCAGAGCCCCCAUACAGCAUCAACCACUAUACCACCCCAACCACCACCUCUGCUCCCCAGUAAUAAGAUUAGGCACAUGUUAAAAAAGAAGAAGAAGAAGGAAAUUGAAAAACACAGAGGGAUGGGGGAUAAUCAUUAUCAUUGUAAAAUGUUUCACGCAGAUUCAUCAUACAAAUGACCGGGCACAUAAUAUUUGGUGUAAUGGAUAGGGCACUUGCCUUACUAAAAUGUUAAAUUUAACGCUAUAUGUUGCUAUUAUAGGUUGGGGGAAGGUGAGGGAAGGGGGCCCUAGAAUCGCAUUUUUGUUCAGGUUUCCUCCCCCCCCCCUUUUGCCCUUAUAACCGUGCCCCGCCCCCGUAGCUAAGCUAUUAAUGAUCGAUGAUAGUGGUACUGAUUGAAGGAAAUAUAAAUUAAUCUUGUUUCACAUCCCUUAAACAAGGUGAAAAGGCAUUAAAGUCUUUAAUGGGGGAUAUCUUGUAUUGUCAUCCCAUUUUGAAUUAAAGAUCUUGAUGUUCGUUUCGAAGUAUAAGUUUGACACAAUUAUACAAGUAUUUCAGAAUGAACCUGUUUAUGUAAUUUUAAUUAAUUUCUGAAAUAUAAUUCAAGGAAGGCAUAAAAUGAACGAAUGUAUUUGUACAUUACGUAACAAACAUUUCUUAACACUUACUAAUAUAAUACUUUUGCUUUUUUCGUUGAACUUCUCUUAAUACUACCGGUAAACGAACCUAACAUAAAUGAUUAGAGGAGUAAAAUAUUAGCAGAAACUAAUAAAUAAAUAAAUUUUGGAUAAUGAUGACAUCUUCCUUCGAAAGUAUUCCCUUUCGACAUUUAGUUUCGUUAUCGAAAGUUGCAAAUAAAUUUAAGACACGGGCGUCAUCUCUAUUUUAAUGAGAUUCAUAUCUUGAUUUUUUUUUAUUGUGAAUUUAAGCUACAAAGAGAUUUUAGGUGUUUUCCCCUCUGUAUUAUCAUGCUAAAAACUAUUUUUCUUAAGUGAGACACAGUUGCAUGAUAUGCUUUAUAAUUUUGCUUUAAUUAUUUCAAAGUGCUUCUUAAAUGCAAAUUGUGAAA